GACGUUUGGUCCUGCGAAAAUGUCCACAGCAAACAUCGCGAUCGCAAUCAUACAUUGCUCGUACGUUUGUACGACGAUGGUUUGAUCAUAUAGAUCGGUGUCCAUUCGAUCAUUACACUCAAACAUUGGAAGCUUGUGUUUGUUGGGCUAAUUUUUUUUAUUGGUUAGGUGACUUGUGCUUUUUUCCUGAUUGGUGGAGUGGCUUUAUUUCAGAAAGUUUUAAAAACAAAUGCAACAUGUACGGGUUAAUAAUAGAAAAUAUGGCGGAGUACAUAAAACAAACGUAUGGAGAAGAAAAGUGGGAGGAAAUCAGAAGAGCCGCAGGAGUAGAUCAACCCAGUUUCAGUACACACCAGGUGUAUCCUGAAAAUUUGAUUCCCAGAUUAUCGAAAAAAGCUGUACAGAUUCUAAAUGUUAGUGAGAAAGACUUCUUCGACCAAAUGGGGGUGUUCUUUAUAGGCUUCGUGAGUCAAUACGGCUACGACCGGGUAUUAUCAGUUCUGGGUAGACACAUGAGGGACUUUUUAAACGGCCUAGAUAACCUCCACGAGUAUCUGAAGUUUUCCUAUCCGAGGAUGCGAGCGCCUAGUUUCAUUUGCGAAAACGAAACCAGACAAGGAUUAACCCUUCAUUAUCGCAGUAAACGGCGGGGUUUUGUUUAUUAUACAAUGGGACAAAUAAGGGAGGUGGCUAAGCAUUUCUAUCACAAGGAAAUGAAAAUCGAACUGGUUAGAGAGGAGUUGCUAUUUGACAUGGUGCACGUUACUUUCCAAUUAACCUUCGACAAUAGGGCGUUUACGCUCGCCUCCUUGGCGAUGACUAGGGAGGAAAAACAUUUACCAAUUAGUGCGUCUGUAUUAUUUGAAAUAUUUCCAUUUUGUAUAGUUUUUGGAUCCGAUAUGGUAGUACGUAGCAUAGGAAAUUCUUUGAUGGUUAUUCUACCAGAUUUAGUAGGGAAGAAAAUAACAAAUUGGUUUGAUUUAGUUCGUCCUCUAAUUGCAUUUAAAUUUGGUUCAAUUUUAAAUAGAACAAACAAUAUUUUUGAAUUAGUUACUGUAGAACCAAUUAUCAACGACAAACAUUCCAGUGAUGGUCAACGACAAGUAGCUCUUACUGAAGAACUAGACAAUUUGGAAGACAAAAAUUUGAGAUUAAAAGGUCAGAUGGUUUAUAUGGAUAACUGGAAGAUGAUGAUGUACUUAGGAACUCCAGUAAUGCCAGACCUAAAUUCUCUCAUCACCUCCGGUUUAUACAUUAACGACCUUUCCAUGCAUGACUUCAGCAGAGACCUGAUGUUGGCCGGUACUCAACAAUCAGUGGAACUAAAACUGGCUUUGGAUCAGGAACAGCAGAAGAGCAAAAAGUUGGAGGAGUCCAUGAGGAAGUUGGAUGAAGAAAUGAGACGGACGGACGAGCUGCUUUAUCAGAUGAUACCGAAACAAGUAGCUGACCGACUACGGAAAGGCGAAAAUCCAAUCGACACAUGCGAGAUGUUCGAUAGCGUAUCAAUCUUGUUUUCCGACGUUGUUACCUUCACUGAAAUAUGCAGCAGAAUAACUCCUAUGGAAGUGGUAUCAAUGCUGAAUGCAAUGUACUCAAUAUUCGAUAAAUUGACUGAAAGAAACAGAGUGUACAAAGUGGAGACAAUCGGGGAUGCAUAUAUGGUUGUCAGUGGGGCGCCCGAGAAGGAGGGCAAUCACGCGGCACGGGUCUGUGAUAUGGCACUGGACAUGGUGGACGCCAUUACCGAUCUCAAAGAUCCAUCAACCGGUCAGCACCUCCGAAUCCGGGUCGGCGUGCACUCGGGCGCCGUAGUUGCAGGAAUUGUCGGUCUGAAAAUGCCCCGAUAUUGUCUUUUCGGCGACAGCGUAAACACGGCGUCUCGCAUGGAAUCGAGCAGCGAGGCAAUGAAAAUUCACAUCUCUCAAUACACACGGGAGUGUUUGCCUUCUUCUUACAAAAUCGCAGACCGAGGAGAGAUUCAGAUCAAAGGAAAGGGAAACAUGAAGACUUACUGGCUGUUGGGUAAAGAAGCUAGAAAACCAAUACCGAGACUGGACGAGUUAGUUUCCAAAGAACCGGUGGACAGUUCACGAACUCCUCAGACUAUCAUGAAGAAAACCGACUCAAGAAGUGGAAUUUACUCACCAAUCACCUUCGAAGAUGUAGCAGCACGUAGCAUUGCAAGUUCUCCAAUCAAACAAAAGUCUAGUGGUAGAGAAUGUCGGUCAAAUUCAGCCGGUGCAGUUUACUCGUUCACCGAUCCGGCUGAUCUCUUCGGCUCUGUGGUUCUCACUCAACAUGACUACGAUCGAAUGUCCCCUCAGUCCUCAGUUAGUCAAGAACCAUUUAGAACCAGAUGCACGACUGCACCGCCCCGAUCACUGCACAGCUCCAUAAGCAGCCAAGAGAUCAGUCUCACAUCACAAGGAUCACCUUUGUCCGCCGCACCAGGUAUCGUCGGUUGUAAGGCAAUAACCGACGUGGACACAUCGCCGGUGUCGUCAGCGAGAAUCCUUUGCAUGAUGGCAUCGCCGCAAAAGGUAACGCUGAUGGCUGAACCGGAGCUACAAUCGUACGAAUUCGGCAAAUGUAUGCACAUUUACGCUAAGAAGAAGUAUAACAGUAAAACAACCCCACCGAGAACGUCAAUUAGUGAUGGCAACAUAUGCGAGAAAACUAACAAUGUUAAAAUGAACAACUCAUACAGUCAACCGUUCAACAAACCGAACCUUCAUCACAGUCAUCAGCAAUGUUGUUCCGGUUUUGGAUCCGCGGGCAGACAUCGGUUUCAAAGCAAUGCUUGUAAUAUAGUUUAAAUUAGUCAAAUUAGUUCGAAAUAAUCAAAAUCUUAAUUGAUCUUCUAAAUAUGUUAUUUAUUGUAUAUUUAAAUCAAAACCCAUCAAAACUAAAUGGCAAUGGAUGUGGAUUAAUUUGACACAAUUGUUCUAAAAAUGGGUGAAGAUCUCAAAAAAAUAAGUAACAUAUUUGCACAACUUAACAACAUGACAAAUCUCAUUAUUAACUAAAUGACAAUACCUCAAACUUUAAAUGUUCAUAAGAUAUUUUAUGUAAAUAGAUUUAAAACUGUUCUAUCGAGCUUAUCUCAUGUUUUGAAUAGUGUAUAGUUUGACCAAUUUGUCUCAAAUUUAAAAAUAUUGAUGUUUAUUAAAUAAAUGUGUAAAGUUGUUUAAUUAAAUGAAUCCCCUUAACUCAAUAUAUUUAUUGAAAUAAAUUUUGUGCAAUAAAGAUUGGGCAUGUUUGAGCAAGGCAAUUACAAGGAUGAUAGUAAAUUAUUAUUUUAAAUUUAUACUGUUGUAAUCUAUUAUUGUUGGUUAAAUUCAGUAAUCGUGUUCUCUUUAUCUUUACAAUAAAUGAUAUGAAGUGUGAUAAAGAUUUCUAGAAAUACUCGAUGUCUUAAGUUUAUUUUUUACUUGAAGGGUCAUUAUAGCUAAUAAGCAAGAGUGUUAUUUUUAUGUUGUACAUAUCAUUAUA